AUGGUCGAGCGGGUCGUGUCGGGCACCCUGGUCGAGCUGCGCCGAGCCCAGCACGAGGCGGCCAUGCGCGCCGAGCAGAUGGACCUCCAGCUGCGCCUGGCCAGCCGCGUGUGGGAGCGCGACGUGAUGCAGCUCCAGACCCGCAACGACGCCGCGCUCGAGUCGGCCCGCGCGGCCCACCUCGCACACGAGCGGGCGGCCGACGCCCGUUUGACCGUGGCCCACACCUGGCUGGCCCACGCCCUCGCCGACCUGGCCGAGCGGCGGCUCGAAGCCAAAGCCCUGCGCCACCACCAACAGCAGCAUCAGCAGCACAUGCAAGGCAGGCGCACAUCAGACGAAGAACCCUCAUUUUGGGAGGUGCUAAGGUGGAAGAAGGGAGCGGCGGACGAGGGGAGCAGCAGCAAAGGAGGAGGAGGCCGGGAGGCCGACAAGCGGCGCGAGGCCGAGCGGGAGCUGGCCCAGUGCCGGGCCGAAAACGAACGCCUGCGCCUCCUCCUCAAACGCACCACCCACACCGCACAGGAGUGGGAGGAGUUCUCGAGUCGGGAGGACGCGAUGGAGCAGAUCAAGUCCGACAAGGUGGUCAUGACGUUCCUCCACUCGCGGGUGGGCGAGCUGGAGCGGCAGGCCAACACCGAGCGCGAGCAGAGACAGAGCGCCGAGAAGCGGGCGGCCACGGCCGAGGCCGAGAACGAAGUGCUCAAGAAGCGCGUGGCCGAGCUGGACGCCCACCUGUUGGCUGCCACUGCGGCGGGAGGAGGCGGGCAGGCCAGCAGCGGGCAGCUGACGGUCCUCGUCCACGAAAAGGACCGCCAGCUGCAGACCCUCAAGCAAGGGUAUGCCCAGUUGCGCGUGAAGAAGGACAUCCUGGUCAACGAGGUAAAGAAGCUUCAGGCCGACGUUGCGCGUCUGGGCCACGAGAACGACCAGCAAAAGCUGGACCUGCAGUACCUUCGAUCACAGGAGGAGAGCUUUCAGAAGACCGCCUCGCGCGAGGAAUACGAACUCGCCUCCCUUCUCAUCGAGGUGGACGAGCUGCGGCGGUCGCUGGACGAAGCGAGUCUGGAGAAGAUCAACGCUCGUCUGGUGCGCGAGCGCAAGCAGGCCGCCGAGGACAAGCGCCUCCAGCGAGAACGCAAGCGGCAGGAGAAGGCCGCCGCCAAGCUCGAAGGAGAAGCGCACCAGCAGGGCGAAGGCGACAAGGACGAUGGCGACGAGGGAGGUGAUGAUGAUGAUGAUGAUGGCGGCGAUGACGACGACAAGAAGAACGCGUUGCCGGAGCCGGCCGAGCUGAUGGAUCUGAGCAAUCAGCAGCUGGAGGAGGUCCACGCGGAGAUCGACCGGCGGAAGGAAGUCCUGGCGGCGGCCAACGCCGCCGAGGACGAGGAACAAUCGACAGCGGCGGCGCACGUCGUUGCCCACGACCAGGGCGUCGUGCAGCGGGUGGUCGCUGCCGAGCGCCGACAGAAGCGGGAGGCCAAGCUGCGCUAUCUCGACCUCCUCGGAGACAUCUGCAACCUCCGCAUCCAGGUCCUCGCCUACAGCGAGCGGUUGCUGGCACACGCCAAGCACAAGGGAGAGAAGGCGAACCACAAGUUUGUGUGGAUCGAACCCUAA